AUGGUGCGCCAGGCCAACCCGUUUGGCCCUGGCCUGGACUCGUUCUUCGGCACCAGGACGCGAGGUCGAGGCAGGGCUGGAUCAUCCGCGCGCAUAAUGCAGCUCGGCCUCUUGCUAUACCAGCAGAUCGCUAUGUUGGAGAACAAACCACCUGUCACGAUGGCGCUGGUAGCCUUGCAAGUCCUGCUGCACCUCCGACCUGACGGAUUCGAAGGUCUGCCGUCCAUUGCAUCCGCCUGCCUCCAGCCGCACGCCAUGCUCUUCAAUGGCGAAUGGAGCCGGCUGUUAUGGGCUCCCUUGCUCCAUGCCGACGAGGCGCACCUGUUUUACAACAUGUCCUCCUUCAUCUGGAAGGGCGCCCAGCUGGAGCCGGUGCUGGGGACCCGCGCUUUCCUGCUCCUGGUGGCUGAGCUGGCGCUGACCUCCAGCCUGGCAUAUGUGGCGCUGGCGGCGGGUGCCGCGCUCCUGUCCCCGGCGCUGGGCCUGGGCCUCAUGGGAUCCUGUGCCGUGGGCUUCUCCGGCGUCCUCUUCGGCCUCAAGGUCGUGCUGAGCGCCGAGGCCGCCGGGUGGAGCAGCGUGGCCGGCAUCACCCUUCCCUCCAAGUACGUGUGCUGGGCCGAGCUGUUCCUCGUCCAGUUCAUGAUGCCGCGCGCCUCGUUUGUUGGCCACCUGGCGGGCAUCCUGGCUGGGCUGGCUCACGUCUACCUCGUCAGGCCCUGCUUGCUUGCGGGGCCCGGUGGCACCCGCGCAUGGUGGCGGGCCACACCCCGCACCCACGGCUCGGGGCGCCUCACGCGCGGCAGGGUGCUGGCGGCCGCCACGCUCUACGCGGUGCUGGCGGCAGCCUGGGCCACGCUGCCCACGCUGGCCUCCCUGUCGCCCAUCGCGGGCAUCCAGGGGCGGCUGAGCCAGAUCGCGGACCCCAUCCCCCUGGCGGCCAGCCUGCUGGGGGGGGCCACGGGCAUCCGCGCCUUCCACCUGGGCCUGGCGCGGCUGGUGAACCUGCGCGGCACCUGGUACGCCGGCGCCUUUGGCGGCUGGGUCGCGCUGCCGGCGGCGCUGGGCGCGCCGCUGGGCGUCGUGCUGGGUGCGCUGCGCAUGCUGUGGGGCACGCUGCGCGUGGCGGUGCCCUGGGCCGGCAGCAGGGCCCUGCGCGCCGGCGGCGCGGGCGUGCUUGCGUCGGACCCCGGCUCCCUCAUCCACCUGCUCGUCAACCUGGCGUCCCUGGUCGUGCUGGGGGCCCACAUCGAGGCGCGCGCCGGGUCGGCGGCGCUGCUGGGCACCUUCCUUGGCGCCGGCACGCUGGGCCUGCUGUGGUCGGCGCGCAAGGUGCCGCACGCGCGCCUCCCGCGCCUGGACCCGAUGCUGGCGGCGGGCAUGGGCCUGACCGCGCGCGCCGCCGGCUCCGGCCUGCUGUCCCUGUUCCUCACCGACACGGCCCGUGCGGGGGCACGCUGCGCGGCCGAGGCCUGGCUUCUUGCACUGCCGCUGCGCGAGCCGCCGCCGCAGCGGGCUGGGAUCCCUCAGAAACGCGGCGCACGUGGCCGCUGGGCGGCGCUGCGCCCGAGCGGCCUCCUGCGCUUCGCCGUGUGGGUCGCCAAGUACCUGCUCAGCCUGGCGGUGAGCCUGGCGCUGGCGCCGGCUUACGCCGCGGCCCGCCCGCUGCUCGUCGCCGUGCGCCUGCUGCAGUUUGCGCGGCGCAACGCGCCGGCCGUUGCCGUCACGCUUGUCGCGCUCGCGCUGGCCGCCGCCGACUCGACCCUGCGCCUGGUGGCCGACACGGGGUUCGCCGCGCGCCUGCCCUGGCUGGGCGCCGCGCGCCUGGCUAUCGUGGCCGCCGCCACGCUUGGCCUGGCCGCCUGGACUGCGCUGAGGGUGGUCGCCUACCGCGCCCCGGCCAGGCUCUGA